AUGACUGAUACGGGUUUACAGAUUAAGGGCAUCAAGCAAGGGAUAAGAGAACAAUAUUCUGACAGCGAAGGUCUGUCAGGUAAGAAGGGAUCCAGUCACAGUGGGUGGAAAGAGCAUUUAUCGCUGGUGAAAAACCGUCCCCCCCAAUACAACCAAAUUAAUCCAACUACAAAGGAAAGAUUUUUUAAUUCAAACACACGUAUUAUUGAGAAUCCACUGGAAACAUCCGCAUCGUUUCAAUACAGAGUUUGUAACAGCUGUGGGAAACCAUUGGCAUUAAACGCCAUUGUAGAUCAUUUAGAGAAUCAUUGUAAAGGUGAUAAUCCUUCUAGUGUGGGCAAUAGAGAGAUGACAGAUGAAGAGACGGAGCUAAACGCUUCACCAAGGAGGCAGAAUGGCGGUGAAAACAAUGGUAACAAUAAGAGACAAAUGGAGGAAGAAGACUCACCAACGCCAGAUCAAGAAAAUAGAAGGUUCAGAGAGGAUAGCGGGACUCCUCAGGCUACUCCGAUGAAAAAGCAAAGAAAAGUUAAACAGAGAAACCCAACGCAGAAGCACCUAAUCGAUUUCGACAAACAAUGUGGUGUCGAACUACCUGAAGGUGGCUACUGUGCACGUUCCUUGACUUGUAAAUCACAUUCCAUGGGGGCUAAAAGAUCUGUCAAUGGGCGUAAUCAGCCAUUUGACGUUUUGUUAGCGGCAUACCAUAAGCAACAUCAAACAAAGAUUGGUGCCGCUGCAGAGAAAAGGGCUAAACAACAGGAGAUUCAAAAGCAACAGAAGCAAAUACAAAGGGAACAGAAGAAGCAGAUGCAGCAACAGAAACAAAGUCAACGUGGUAAGAAUAAAAAUGGCUCGUCGGUGGGCAGUUCAGGUGCAAAAUCAAGCACUCCCUCUGGUGCAGGUAAAAAUGCUCAAGGCGAUAUGCGGGCCAAUUCUAGCAUAAGUUUAACGCCUGAAGAAGAAACUACACAGGUACUUAACGGUGUUUCUAGGUCAUUCCCGUUACCACUGGAGACCAAUGUGCUUUCAUCUGUAAAGCGUAGGUCGAGAUAUUUUAGAAUGAGAGAGAUGUUUGCAUCUGCGUUCUCGGUAAGACCAGGUUAUACUGCUCCUGGAUAUGGUGCGAUUCAUUCUCGUGUCGGUUGUGUGGAUCUAGAUAGAACCACAGAUUAUAAGUUUCGUAUUCGCACGCCUCAACCUAUCAAUCAGAUGCCUCCUCAGAAUCUGACACCUCAGCAACUUUAUAAGAUUCAGCAAAACAAGAUGCUUCAAUCACAAAUGAUGAACAUGCAACACGAUAGCCCUAACUUAAAUGGUCAACAAGAGAUAGAGAAAAGGCAGCAGCAAAUGCAAGCACAAGGUAGACAACAGCAACAAUACCAAUCACCAGAAGCCGUUUCGCAGGCUAAUAACAAUAUACAAAGGCCUGUACAACAACCAAAUUUACAAGGUAAAGGACUCACUCCCCAGGAAAUACAGUUACAACAACAAAAGCUGCGACAACAGCAGCUGCAACAACAACGUUUUGAAGCAGCUGCAUUCCACCUGGCGAAUGCUACAAAAUUAAUGCAAAAUUCUAACGGUGAAGGUGGUCAAGAACAAUCAAAUAAUUACGUGGGAACUUCUUCGCCGGCGGCCAAUUCACCGCCAUCGCAGCAAUCAGUAGGAGGUUCCGUCGGUGGAAGGGUUAACGUUGGCAUAGGAAAUUUCAUGGACGGUUACGGUGGAAGGGUGAAUUGA